AUGGGUUUCAAGGAUUUUCUUUACAAACUCAAUUUGAAAAGGCUUCUAGUUGUGGAUGGCAUGGAGAAAAGAAAGAGAGAUGAUGAGAGAUUGGAAAAUAGGAAACAUGCUACAUGGAUGGCGCCAGUUUCGCAUGGAUAUCAUGUGGUUGAAUCGAGUUGCGAUCCGGCGAACUCGUCGUCUCCAGACGACUUAGUGAAGGUUCAAAGGGAACAAGUUGAGGAAGCCGAGGUUUGGUUCUUUGGAAUCGUCGACGACAGAGGACUUGGGGACGGGCUGGCCAAGCAUUUACAGUCAAACCUCUUUGAUAACAAACCUAAAACGUCUAAGUUGAGAAGAAAGAGUAAGGAGGCUCUGAAGAAGGCACAUAUAAGUGCAAGAGAAGGGAUACUGAUGACGAAAGAUAAAGAGAGACCAGUGGUAUCAGCAGCAUCCGCCAUUGUCAUAACUGGGGAAAAGCUUGUAUUGGCUAACAUGGGAGGCUACAGAGCAGUUGUCUGCAGAGAUGGUCAGGCUUACCAAUUGGGCAGUAGAAGAACAUGGUCCGGGAGAUUACGGCUGGCCAAAGUAAGAAUAUUAGCGUUUGAUUCUUCCAGAAACACGACCUCCGAAAGAAGAGCUACAAAAUCGGAGGUGGUUGUUGGAGAAGAAAGAAUAGACUCAAGAACUGAGUUUGUGAUAUUGGCCAGUCAGGGGAUAUGGGAGGUGAUGAAGAACCAGGAGGCAGUCAAUCUCAUCAGUCACUUGGAAGACCCACAAGAAGCAGCUGAGUGCUUAGCUAAGGAGGCUUUGAACAGGAUGAGCAAAACCAACAUUUCUUGCAUUGUCAUUCGAUUUGACUCUCUUUGAUUCA